CAAAAGCGAGAGGAUGGACCGAGCUGAGAGCGGCCGCUUGUAGAGUGUUGAGUCCACAACGCGCCCAGUGUGAUUAACCGGAGCACCGUGAGACAGCUUUCAAUUUACACACGCGCUUCAAUUCAUAGCUGGAGUCCAACCCGGCCAGUAGAGUUCAGCUCGUAAUUCACAGAGUCCAAAGACAAGCUUGUGCGCUUGUUUUCUGUGCGUGUCUGUGUGUUUUCACCGCUGAGCGGGCGCGCGAGACAGAUUGAGACGUGAGGUUUAGCCGAAGCUGCAGGGAGAGGAAGCGGCAGACAUGGACGACCAGCCGCGGAUGAUGCACUCUCACGCCGGGGUGGGGAUGGCGGGGCACCCGGGGCUGCCUCAGCACAUGCAGGAAGGAACCGGAGGAGCCGACGGCGACGGCAGAAAGCAGGACAUCGGAGACAUUUUACAACAAAUCAUGACCAUUACAGACCAAAGUCUGGACGAAGCGCAGGCCAGGAAGCACGCGCUGAACUGUCACAGGAUGAAGCCCGCGCUCUUUAACGUUCUGUGUGAAAUAAAAGAAAAAACAGUGCUGAGUAUCCGUGGUGCUCAGGAAGAGGAACCCCCUGAUGCACAGCUCAUGAGACUGGACAACAUGCUGUUGGCUGAAGGCGUGUCGGGGCCGGAGAAAGGGGGCGGGUCAGCUGCUGCUGCUGCAGCUGCGGCAGCUUCGGGAGGAGCCGGAGCCGAUAACUCAGCUGAACACUCCGAUUACCGGGCCAAACUCUCCCAGAUCCGUCAGAUUUACCACACUGAACUCGAGAAAUACGAACAGGCUUGUAACGAGUUUACCACUCACGUGAUGAACCUGUUGCGAGAGCAGUCACGCACACGGCCCAUCUCGCCCAAAGAGAUCGAACGCAUGGUCAGCAUCAUCCACCGCAAGUUCAGCUCCAUCCAGAUGCAGCUUAAGCAGAGCACCUGCGAGGCAGUGAUGAUCCUCCGCUCCCGCUUCCUCGAUGCCAGGAGGAAAAGGCGGAACUUCAACAAACAGGCCACCGAGAUCCUGAACGAGUACUUCUACUCCCACCUCAGUAAUCCGUAUCCCAGUGAGGAGGCCAAGGAGGAACUGGCCAAGAAAUGCUCUAUCACUGUCUCCCAGGUGUCCAACUGGUUCGGAAACAAACGAAUCCGGUAUAAGAAGAACAUUGGAAAGUUCCAGGAGGAAGCCAACAUGUACGCAGCCAGAACUGCAGUGAACGCAGCCAGCGUGUCAGCUCACGGCAGCCAGGCAAAUUCCCCCUCCACCCCCAACUCAGCAGGUUCUGCUGGCUCUUUUAACAUGUCCAACUCUGGUGAUUUGUUUAUGACUGUGCAGUCAAUGAAUGGCGAUUCAUACCAGGGGGCUCAAGUGGGAGCCAACGUGCAAUCGCAGGUGGAUACCCUUCGCCAUGUUAUCAGUCAGACAGGAGGAUACAGUGAUGGCCUCACAGCCAACCAGAUGUACAGUCCGCAGGGCAUCAAUGCUAAUGGUGGAUGGCAGGAUGCUACUACCCCUUCCUCAGUGACCUCACCCACAGAAGGACCCGGGAGUGUUCACUCUGACACCUCCAACUGAUCCCCUCAUCACCUCACCUCUUUUUGUUCCCUCACUACUGCACAAACCAUGGACUCUCUUUGUUCUAUCACUUUUGGUUGUCCAUCAGUACGUUUAAGUAACGCACUCACAAGUUCACUAAGCUGGGUCUCUGCCAAGCAUCGGAGUAAAUCAGUCAGCUGAUCAGGAUUUUACCCAAACACACACACACACACACACACACACACACACACACAGUUUCUGUUCUCAAAUACAGCCCUCGGUUUGUAUUAACCCCUUCAGAUCUUUUUUUUUUUUUGUAUUCACAGUUAUAAUUCAUUAUGAUUCUUUUUCAAUAUCAUUAGACAGUCUUAAAUAGUCUUCAGUGCAGCUCCUGCAGUCAGUAGAUUGAUAAAAAAAAAAAAACAA